AUGGCAAAGGCAAAGGCAAGAACAACCAUAGUUCAACUGGUGUCUACGGCAAAAACGGGUUAUCGUAGAACCCUUCUUGUACCAAGAACCGCCAGAGAAAUCACUCAGGUUAGAUACGAUCCUGUGGUGAAAAGACACGUCCUCUUUACAGAAUCUAAAAAGAGGAAAGGUGAACAACCUAAACCUCUAGACUUCUCUAGAGGCGCCUUUCUCUGGAAAAAGAAAUAA